UCUUCCGGGUUCCUGUCUCUGUUGGUAUUGUUUGGGUGUAUCAGCGGACGGCUCAACAUGACAGAAACUCACACUCUGCGCUCGUAAUUACGGUUUUUCUCUUACUUUUAUGACGGCUCGGGUUAAAAUAAGAUGCCUUCUGAGGUUUUAACCAAUUGUUUAUCUCGGUAAAGGUGGACAAGUGACCUCACCGUGAUUUCGUUCUGACUUGAGACACCUGUUGCUCAAGUUUCGAUAGACAGGUGUCACUUUCUUUUCUCAGGGAACAGCUCCGGGUCGACAGACUAUCGGAACCUUUCUUUAUUCUCAAAACAUUUAAAUUCACAACUAGUAUGAAAGUUACAGUGACCUUUGGGGACACCGCGGUGGUGGUUCCCUGUAAAGAUGUACGGACCGUUCAGGAUUUAGUCAACCAAGCCGAGCGCAGGUUCCGCAAGGUUUUGGAGCAGCAUGGGGAGAGUGCCAUGAUGAUCCACCACUUGGAGUAUGCUGAAGGAGGGAUCCUGGACAUGGAUGACCUGCUGGGUGAUCUGGUGGAAGACCGAGACAGGCUGGUGGCUGUGAUGGAUGAUGUCCAGCCCAGGAGGACAGACAGUCCCAGAGAGAACGUGUCCAACGGCUACUCCAGCGCCACUUCCAGCCCUGAACCCUUCAGCUACCAUCCCUACCUGCAGUACCAGGAGCCAGUCAGAGGGGAGAUUGAUGUCAAUGAGGCCAGCCUCAAAGCCAACACACCUCUGUUGGUAAGGAGCAGCAGUGACUCUGCUUUGGCCCCACCCACUGAGGCGACAGCUAUGCCCCAGCCUGAUGGCCAUAACAAGAGGUCUCCUGAACCGCAGGAAAUCAAGACUGUACUGAAAGAAGCUUUGGACCGACAGACGGACAGUCCCCCCACCAUGAUGAGCAGGAUUAACAGCAAAAACCUAACGAGGACAGUGGAGUUUCCAGGUGACCGGGGACCCCUGGGUAUCCACGUGAUUCCCUACUGCUCCUCUCUCAGUGGGCGGACCCUGGGCCUUCAUAUUAAAGGCAUCGAUAAAAACAGUCGCUCCAAGAGAGAAAAUCUGUUCCAGGAGGAUGAGUGUAUCGUCCAAAUCAACGGCACACCACUCCAAGACAAGACCUUUACACAGUCACAGGAAGUGUUCCGCCAGGCAAUGACCUCCUCUUCAGUGUGUCUGGAGGUCCUCCCUGUAGCCAACAAACCACGCUAUGAGAAGAGCCUGAUAGGUCAGCUUUUCACCGGCGACGUCAAAGAUGCCAUUGCAAAACCAAAGAGUCCGAUGGUGGCCCGUGCUAAAGCUGACUCCCAACCAGAACCCAAACAAGAUACCAAACUGAACGACAAAGUUGAAGCGAGUCAACUGGAUGCACGUUCCAAGACCCCAGAGCCAGUUGCAGUAAACCCACCAGCGGGGGAGCUCCAGUCUGGCUAUGGCUCCUCUGAGAGAAUCUCUCCCUCUCCUCUGGCCAGGGCAGCAGGCUCCUCCCCAUCACCCACGACUCGUGGUCAGAGCCCCUUGCCCAGUAAGAGUCCUGUUCUGCAGGCCCUGGCCAACCUUAACAGCAGGAAGGGUGGCAAGAGGAUAAAGAUUAACCUGAAGAAAGGCACAGAGGGUUUGGGCUUCACCGUGGUAACCCGGGACACGUCUGUCCAUGGGCCAGGGCCAAUACUGGUGAAGAACAUCCUAUCACGUGGCGCAGCAAUCAAAGAUGGCCGCCUGCAGCCUGGAGACCGCAUCUUAGAGGUGAAUGGAGUAGACAUGAUGGGCCGUAGCCAGGAGGAACUCGUGGCCAUGCUGCGCAGCACCAAGCAGGGAGAGAACGUGUGUGUAGUGGUGGAACGGCAAGAUGACAUCUUCCUGCCUCGAGAACUGAAAGGUGGGGAAUCCAGCAAUCUUGUGUUGGAAGAUGGCCGUGAGCAGCUCAUGUAUGAGAUCCCCCUCAAUGAAACGGGAUCAGCAGGCUUGGGGGUCAGCCUGAAAGGCAACAAGUCCAGAGAGACCGGAGAGGACCUGGGUAUCUUUAUCAAGUCCAUUAUCCAUGGAGGGGCCGCUUACAAGGAUGGUCGGUUGAACAUAAAUGACCAGUUGAUAGCAGUAAACGGUGAAUCGCUGCUUGGACGCUCCAACCACGCUGCCAUGGAGACACUGCGACACUCCAUGUCGGCAGAGGGAAACGCCAGGGGCACCAUUCAGCUCGUAGUGCUUCGAGUCUCCGGACAGGUACAGCAGAUGGGCAGUGCCAACCCUGCACUAAGCACAGCUACAAAUGUCUCCACUGCCAAUCAACACAAUACCCAGAUGGGCUCCAGCAAUCAGGAUACUUGGGGCCAUGAUGCAUACCAGAGGUCUGCAGGACUCUCCAGACCCGCAAAAACAGAGCACACCAUGAACGGUGCCAGUCACGCUCCAAUGACAAACAUCAACUCUGGAAGUGCUCUAUAUUCCACUGUGACCACCAAUGGCAGCUAUGAGGAUGAGGAGCUGGAGGAAGGCUUCAUCUCGUCGCCCUCCCCCAGCACUGUGGAUGAAGUAAAUGGAGACUUACCAAUUACUUUCCGAAAGCCCAGUGAGUUUCAGAAGCCGCCUUACAAUGCCAGACAGCUGCCCAGUAACUACGACAACACACCUCGCAACAGAGCUUCCAAAAGCAUGGACCUGGUGGCUGAUGAGAGCAAUGUGAGAUCGCUGGUUGGACAGAGGAACGAGCCUUCAGAGGGCGGAGCGGUGGGCCUGACUCUGGGCCUGUGGAAGUCCAGCUCCCUGGAGAGCCUCCAGACGGCCAUGUCUGAAGUCAGGCAGAGUCACAUCCAAUCCCAGAUGCCCUUUCAUCACCCGCGACCGCACAUGGUCCGAGGGCGGGGAGUUAACCAGAGCUUCCGUAACGCUAUCGACAAGUCUUAUGAUGGGCCUUCUGAGGAUGAUGACGAUGUGUCAGAGCAAAGCUCUGGUCAGGAAACACCCGCCAGCGGCUCCUCUUACCAGGGCCUGGAUGCAGACAGUGGAAAGAAGAAGAAGGAGAAAACCAAAGAGAAGAAGAAACAGAAGAAGAGAAAAGGGAAGAAAAACACAGAUGAUUCUGUGGAGGAUCCAGAGAAGAAGACCAAAAAGAAAGGAUUUGGACUCUUAAGGUUUGGUAAGAAGAAAGAAGACAAGAGCAAAGAUGCAGCAAAAGGAUCCAGAAACAAACUGGAUGCCCUGAGUGAAGAGGAGCUGGAUAGGCUCCCUGACAACAGAGAUGGCUACAAUCGGUACACUGAGAUCGACUCUGGCCUCGUUACCCCCAGUGUGGAAGACGAUGACAGUGACCCCAACUAUGCUCGCAUCAACAACUUCCGCCAGCCGCCCUCCCCCCAGACAUUCAACAAUCGCACGCCCUCCGCAGCGACACAGACAGGACCUAACCAGCCACAGGUGUCCUCUGAGGAGCUGGAUGGGCUCUAUGCCAAGGUCAACAAGUCCAGACCCCGACCUGCUCUGCAGAACCAGCACGAGGCACAAGCAGCCAGUGACCAACGUGUCCAAGGGUUGCGUAGGGAGUACCCGCAGGCCCGAGCUGCUCCAGUCUACGAGGAACUAGAUGCUGCACGGCGCAGGGUGCUGGAGAACGACCCUAACCGGACAGCACCCAGAGGAGCGGAAUCUCGACCUGCGCGCCACUACGAAGAGAUAGACCGACAGUACCCCACACAGCCCAGGAGGGAUCCAUAUUACCCCACCCUCUCCAGACCCACGCAGAAAGAACCAGCCUCUUACCCCAGACACUACCAUGACCCUCCAGAUUACAGCAGCUCCACCCGUGUGCCACAGCCCCAGUCUCAGCAGGCACCCAGCAAUGUGCUCUACUACCCCUCAGCUCCCCGCGCAGGACAGCAGCACCAGGCAGCGGUGAGGCAGGACGUCCCCCCUUCCCCCACGGCAGGCCACAGGGGGCGGCCUACAGGCAAGCCAGCCCUGGCCGCUACACCAGCCCAGAGAGGUACCCCACGGGGGAAAGACAGCCGGACCCAAGACGGAAGAACCCCAUGAUAGGUGCGGUGUAAAAGGUAGUCCCCUCAUCUGACCUCAUCUAGAAAUGAGGUCAACUGGGACAUUUACACAAAGAAUAUAUAUUGUAAGUAGCUUAGAAUUGAUUCGAGAUUUGUGAGACAUAAUAUCAGCUGUCACUCAGGCUGCCAGUGUAGGUAAGUUAGAUUUGGCCACAUUAAUUUAUUUGCUCAGGAUCCCUGAAAGCAAUAUGUGACAAGUUGAGAGGCUAAAAUAGGAUUUAUUUAUGACCAGUUCACAAGCAUCUGGUCAUAAAUCUUUACAGGCCAAGGCAGAUUUAACAAGCAUUAAGGAUUCAUGUGGGUGCAUAUAAAUAUGUAUAACUGCUUUUGUAUAUUUGCAAGUUUCUAUACACUUGAUUUUUAUGUAGACAUGACAUUAAAAUAAGGGCAGUUAAAUGAAUUUGUUAGAUACAUAACAUAAACCUAGUGCCAUAUGUUGUAUAUAAUCAACUAUCAGUGCUGAUCCGCAUUUUGCACAAGCUGAUCAAAGGGAAGAAAAUAAACAUCACCAUGACCACAAUAAGAUGAGAGACACGGGAAGUUAAAGUUGACAAACAGGAAAUGGAAGUAACCCCGACAAAGUAUCUGCUUGUCCAUGGUUUUUUAUAACUUGGACGGCUUUACAUCCUGCUAUCAACCUUUGCUAUUUAUUAUGUAUAUUUGCCAUUGAUUAGGUGGUUGUGGGUGUGGUUGCUACACUUACUGUACAUUUGUUAAUCAUUUAAAUCAGUUGAGUUUAUUUGUGAUAUAUUUGUGGUGUUUCUAACAAAAUGUAGAACUCUUGAUCCACACACACAACACUUCAAAGGUAUCCUGUGUGACUUGUCAUACUGUGCAGCUAAUAGUUUGAUUAAACAUUUUAAACUUCAAUACAUCAUUGAUAAAAGUCACUGCACCAAAAACUGAUAAAUGUGUCAAUGGUGGUUUGAUUU